CGUUUGAACAUCCAGCAAGUCAGAAAAGCAUCCACCAAACUUUGCCUAUCUUUUUCGUUUGCCAUAAUAUAAUAUAUAUUGAUGCAGAAAGCAAUCAAUUAGUGUCCUUGCAAAACAAAUAAACCAAUGGACAAAGUAAGGAAAAACUACACAUCACUUUGAUUAGGUGGCUGCGUAAUCUAAUUUCCUCAGAUAAUACCUAAGAACUUUGUCAGGGGUUGGAACCAAAUCUCUUUAGAAUUGGGUGCUCUUGGACGUACAUUAUAUAUAAUGAUAAAUAGUUCUCAAGACAAAUGAUUAUAUAAGUUGUUUUAACUUUUAUGUUUUGGAUGGGUCUGUUGGAAGGUGCUUCAAUGGAGGAAAAUCAUCCCGAAGCAGGGAGACAGGUGAUGGAGCUUCCGGAGAAAGAAACGACUACAAAAAAAUGUUUGCACGAAUCCAAAAUGAUGUGGCAAAUAGCAGCUCCUGCUAUGCUUACUGCAGUCACUCAAUUCUCUAUAGAUGUUGUAACAGCUGCAUUUGUAGGCCAUUUGGGGGAUAUCGAGCUCGCAGCAGUCUCAGUUGUUCAAAAUAUAGUUGAGGGCUUUGUAUACGGUGUCAUGCUAGGGAUGGGAAGUGCUCUCGAAACCCUUUGUGGUCAAGCAGUUGGCGCGGGACAGCUCAACAUGCUAGGAAUUUACUUGCAAAGAUCAUGGAUCAUUACUGGAGUGACUGCUUUGUUUCUGACACCCUUCUAUGUCUUCACAUCACCAUUGCUAAAGCUCCUUCAUCAAAACAGUGAAAUCUCUGAUCUCGCCGGGCAGUACUGUAGAUGGGUAAUUCCUCAAUUGUUUGCAUAUGCCCUAAACUUCCCCAUACAAAAGUUUCUCCAAUCCCAAAGCAAAGUUUGGUUCAUGACCAUAGUCUCGAUAGCAACUCUGGGAAUUCACUCGUUGUUGAAUUGGGUGCUCGUAACAAAGCUUGGGCAUGGCUUACUCGGUGCUGCCAUAGCUGGGAACAUUUCUUGGUGGCUUCUGAACCUGGCCCAGAUUGCUUAUGUGGUUUCUGGGUACUUUCCAGAAGCAUGGACUGGUUUUUCCUUGUUAGCAUUCAAGUCGUUGACAGGUUUCGUGAAGCUCUCACUUGCCUCGGCAAUAAUGCUAUGCUUGGAGCUGUGGUAUUACACUGCUGUCAUCCUCAUGGUGGGAAGCUUAAAGAAUCCAGCAAUUGCCGUAGAUGCCAUUUCAAUCUGUAUGAACUUGCAGCUGUGGACUUUGAUGAUUGCCCUGGGUUUCAACGCAGCAGUCAGUGUGCGCGUGUCCAAUGAGCUUGGAGCAGGAAAUCCAAAAGCUGCAAAAUUCUCAAUAGUGGUGACAGUUUGGACAUCCGUAAUGUUUGGAAUUUUGUUUACAGCCGUGAUUCUGGCAACCAAGAAUAAUUUUCCUAAGCUGUUCACAUCAACGCCUCUCGUUAUGAGUGAGACAUCCAAGUUGGGGUACUUUUUGGCAGCAACCAUCUUCCUCAACAGCAUCCAACCAAUUCUGCACGGGGUUGCGGUAGGUGCAGGCUGGCAGUCAAUGGUUGCCCUGUUGAACACAGGGUGCUACUACAUAGUCGGCCUUCCAAUCGGUGCCGUACUUGGUUAUGUGUUCAAGCUAGGUGUAAAGGGCAUCUGGUCCGGGAUGCUUAUUGGUAGCCUUCUUCAAACAGUAAUCUUAUUGAUCAUCAUAAUUCGAACAAACUGGAGCAAAGAGGCUUUGCAAGCUGAGGAGCGGAUUACAACGUGGGGUGGCUCACCCGAGCUUCAACAAAUGCAGGAACUGACUGAUUAUAAGGGCUCACCGAAAAUUAUAUUACCAAUUACUGUUGAAUAACUCAAAAAUAAGAAGAGUAUUCUUGGUUUUUUCUCUUCUCUUUUCUCUCGCUCUCUCUCCCCCAUUUUUUCUUUGAUGUUUUCUGAGGUGUCUCCUUAUUAGACCUUCCAUGUUUUUGUAUGUAAAGCAUUCUUAGUUGUAUAA